CGACGCGGUAUUAAACAUUAAACAUUCGUAUGCGAGAUGUACGUCGUGGUAUCCCAUCAACCCCGCCGACAUGUUUUCAUUUCGUGAUAAUAAUAUUCUCUAGCUGUUGUAUACUGAAUAGUGAAUUGUGAUUAUUCGUGAAUAAUAGCAACCAGCAGUAUAGACGUAUAGUCGACUAUAGUGCAUUAGUGCAGUUACUGCAGUCGUAGUCGUCUAUAACACCAACCAACACACGCGACUUUAUUGAUGAUAAUAAUUUAAAAAUACUAUUAUACAACAAACACACGUCACACACACACGCGCGCAUCGCAACCGGUAAGGAAAGAAAAUAAUAGUACAUUAUUACAUACGGAACUACAGAAGGUUGUGCCACCAGUGUACAGCUACAACAAAUCGACGCCGCCGAUUCCACAUUUUGUACGGUUACAGUACGGUAUACAUACUCGAUCAUCACUCCUAUUUUAGCGCAAUUUUAUUAUGUCUGUGUUACCGCGGAGAAUACUCAAGGAGACGCAACGUCUGAUGCAGGAACCUGUGCCCGGCAUAAGUGCCAAGCCGGACGAAGGCAAUGCUAGGUAUUUUCACGUCAAAGUCACGGGACCGGAAGACUCUCCGUUUGAAGGGGGACUAUUUAAGUUGGAACUAUUUUUGCCCGAAGACUAUCCAAUGUCAGCGCCAAAGGUCCGUUUCAUCACUAAAAUUUACCAUCCAAAUAUUGACAGACUUGGAAGAAUAUGUUUGGACAUACUUAAGGACAAAUGGUCACCAGCAUUGCAGAUACGUACCGUUCUUUUGUCUAUACAAGCGUUGUUGAGCGCACCAAAUCCAGACGAUCCAUUAGCAAACGACGUAGCUGAACUAUGGAAAGUUAAUGAAAUCGAAGCCAUACGUAAUGCUAAGGAAUGGACACGCAUGUAUGCCACAGAAAACUAAACAGUACGCUUUAAGUGAGGAGUAUAAUAAUAAAGUUAAAAGUUAAUAAUUAUAAUAAUAUAAAAUACUCUGAAUGAAAACCAUUCUAAAUCGAGCAAUAUACUAUACAUUUUUUUUCCAACAGUUGUCUUUUAACUAAUGGAAAUUUAUUAAGAAUUAUAGAAAAUGGUAAUGAUGGAAUAUAAUUGUUAACAUAUUGUUGUUCCCUCAAAUUGUAUUAUUAUGCCUUUGAUAUGUAAUUACAAUGAUAACUUAAAAGGGUAGGAAGUUUUACUAGCCUAUUCUACUGAAUGAAAUAUAGAACUGUUAAGUCAUCAGUGAAUACUAGUAAUAUACUUAUAUAUAUAAUAUAUAUGUAAAACAUGUAUUUUCAUUUUAAUGUUGUAAUGCUUUUCAUCAGUUAUAUCUUAAUUUAAACUUGUUCAUAAUCUUUUACUAUUCAAUUUUUUUUUAUGAUUAUUAUUAUUAUUAUUAUUAUUAUUAUUAUAUUGCUGAGAUUCAUCAUUCUUGUGUGAAUAAAACAUUUAUUUAAGACUUA